UUUUGUCAUUCUCUCAUGAGCGCAUCUGAAUUAGCGAUGUCCUGGUCCUAUCAUAGGCCGAUGUUUUGCUGAGGUCGCACUCAAGGCAGCGACAAUUGCAGCGUAUAUAGCUGCCUUCACAGUCUGAGGAAGCGCAUUGCACCUUCAAUCUUUCCGUCUCAGUUUCUGUCUAAUCAUUGCCAUGGACACGAUUCACUUUCCAGAUUCUUUGCAAGAGUUUGCAGUGUCUGAAGCAGCUUAUCUUCGCCAACACCCCGAGUAUGACUGUUUGGUCACAGGUUCAAUUGUGUUCAACGAGGAAGGGAAGCUACUGCUAGUACAGCGUGCAGCGGAGGAAAGAGCAUUUCCUGAUUUUUGGGAAAUACCAGGGGGCAAAGUUGACGAUAGCGACCAGACGAUUCUACAUGCUGCUGCUCGAGAGCUGAAAGAAGAAGCUGGUCUUGACACGAUUCGUAUACUGAAGAAAGUCACGCAUUUUAUCUUCAUGGAUGAGAAGCCUGGCCGACGAACAACGACAUGGCUCAAGCUGGUGUUUGAAAUGUCGGUGCAAAGCGCAGAUAAUGUUGUCUUGGAUCCAACUGAGCAUCAGAAGUUCUUGUUCGCUUCUGAAGAGGAAGUUGUUCGUGACCAGGUCGGCGAUGUGAAGCUCAAAUACAUCAGCCCUGCGAACAAGGAUGUCAAAUUGGAGGCUUUCAAGCAAAGACGUGGAGAAGGAUGCGCGUGACAGGCGUCGGCGAUCAAUGGAGCAUGAUAUGUUGUCUCGCUUUACUGCAUUUGAAACUGGCGACUGCCACCAAUAGGAGACGACCCAUAUUGACGGAGACGCGACCUGGGGUAAGUAGGCUGAAGGAUCACGAUUCUACCUAGCAACAAAGAAGAGAUCAAUGACGCCAACGUGACCUGGCGUGGAAGCAGCUCAGCUUAUGUAAUUGUGUAACAUCGAGCCCUUGGGAAAUUGUACUUGUCAAGCAGGAAAAAGCAC